AUGGCUCCUGCUGCUAUUGAAGACAUCAAGCUUGUCACCAAGCAUCUCCCAGGUGACAUGUCAGAAACCCCCAGCCCAGAUGGACCGCUUUUCGCUGUUCCGUCCUCCAGGUCAUCAUCCAUCUCGACGGCAACUUGGCUGAAACUCAAUAGCAACGCGCCUGCGCAAUUCAAAGUCGAGAAAAUCCCUACGAUUUCCCAUGAAGAGCCGUUCACAGGAGCCAAGAAGCUUCGACAUCUCCUUGAAAAUACAGACGAGCUUGUCGUCUGCCCCGGGGUCUAUGAUGGACUCUCUGCGAGGACGGCUAUCGAGCUUGGCUUCAAGUCUAUGUAUAUGCCUGACCUUGCCAUCGCUCAGCUCGCCGAUAUGAGAGACAAUGCAGACAUGAUUGCCAAUCUUGACCCUUUUGGACCUCCUCUGAUCGCUGACAUGGACACUGGUUAUGGCGGCCCCAUCAUGGUUGCUCGCACAGUCGAGCAUUACAUUCGCUCCGGCGUUGCCGGCGCCCACUUGGAAGACCAGAUUCUGACCAAGCGCUGCGGCCACCUUUCGGGUAAGAAGGUUGUGCCGCGCGAAGAAUACAUGACACGAAUCCGUGCCGCGGUGGCAGCCAAGCGCCGCCUUAAGUCAGACUUUGUGCUCAUCGCUCGCACUGACGCGCUGCAAUCGCUCGGCUACGAUGAGUGCAUCGAGCGCUUGAAGGAAGCGCGCACCGCGGGUGCCGAUGUCGGCUUGCUCGAGGGCUUCAAGUCCAAGGAGCAGGCUGCUGCCGCCGUCGCGGAACUCGCGCCCUGGCCGCUGCUGCUCAACUCGGUCGAGAACGGCCACAGCCCUCUCAUCACUGUUGAGGAGGCGCGCGAGAUGGGCUUCAGGAUCAUGAUCUUUUCCUUUGCUACGCUUGCGCCGGCUUAUGCUGCUAUCAGGGAGACUUUGCUGAGACUGAAGAACCAUGGCGUUGUUGGCACUCCGGAUGGAAUUACGCCCGUCAAGCUUUUUGAGGUGUGUGGGCUUGGUGAUGCCAUGCAAGUAGAUAUUGGAGCCGGAGGCGGUGCUUUUGCCGAAGGAGUUUGA